CCUUUCCUCGUUGGUGCACACACGCCUUUGCUCCUAUUGCUUCUUCUCUCGUCCCCUCGCCAUGUCCUGUUUAAAAGACCGCCACUGUGUAUGAGUGCGUGAGAGAGGGAGAGAGGCUAAACUCCUUUGCACUUGAAACAGAGAUAGGACCAAUGUACCCUGCAUAAAUUGGAGCUUUUUCGUGGACGACACGAUCCGAGUCUGUCGCUCCUUUCAGAAUUUCUCUUUCGAACUGUUGUCUCUCUCUUUCUUAAAAGCUUUAUCUUCCGUUCUAGCUUCUUAGUAAAUUUCAAAACCCAUGGAGAUGGAGGAUCAGUACGGCAUGGCCGAUCUACGGCAGUUAAUGAACGGAAGACCCCAUUACCCGACGAUCCCACCGGCGGCAGAGCUCUUCUCCGGCCACCGCAAUCAGCUGGCGCAGACCCACCAGCUGGAGAUGCUGAUGGUGGGCCGUCAGAUCGUAAGUGAUCAUCACCACGUCAUGCCUCGUGGACUGCAUCAUCAACAUCACGAUCAGUCGUCGUUCCCCUCACAUUCUACCACCACCAAUACCAACAACAACGCUGUUACGGCAACAUCCACAGCCUCCCUCGGCGGUUUGGUCGACGCCGACCUUGGUUGCCUCGGAGGUGAUGGGGGCACCGGAAGAUGGCCCAGGCAAGAAACACUCACACUUCUUGAGAUCAGAUCUCGCCUUGAUCCCAAGUUCAAGGAAGCUAAUCAAAAGGGUCCUUUGUGGGAUGAAGUCUCUAGAAUAAUGUCCGAGGAGCAUGGAUAUCAAAGGAGCGGGAAGAAAUGCAGAGAGAAGUUUGAGAACUUGUACAAAUACUACAAGAAGACUAAGGAAGGGAAAGCAGGGCGACAAGAUGGUAAGCACUACAGGUUCUUUCGCCAACUUGAAGCUCUCUAUGGGGAAACCGCCAGCAGUCAUCCCAUCUCAGGCACCGAAACCCAUCUUGUUGGAAAUAGCCAUCGAUUUCACAUCACAAACAAUCAGCAAGCUAACCAAGAAACCUUCCACUCUCAGAAGCUAUGUGACAGUCUCAGCCUCUCCAACUCCUCCGAGUUCGAGACAUCGUCGUCUGACGACAAUGAUCUUAACACUACGGUGUUGACGGAGAAUGAAUCGGGUGAGAGGAGGAAUAAUAAGAAGAGAAGGGGCAGAAGGAGCUGGAAGUUAAAGAUAAAGGACUUCAUCGACUCGCAGAUGAGAAGGCUAAUGGAAAAGCAAGAGGCAUGGUUGGAUAAGAUGCUCAAGACUCUUGAACAUAAAGAACAAGAGAGAAUGCUGAGGGAAGAAAAAUGGAGGAAACAAGAGGCGUCGAGGCUGGAUAGAGAGCAGAAGUUUUGGGCCAACGAGCGAGCCUGGAUCAAAGCUCGCGACGUUGCUCUAAUGGAGGCCUUGCAAAAAUUGAGUGGCAGAGAACUAAAGGCGUCGUCUCCAGAGGAGUUAAUGGUGGCUCGGGAGCUUCAAAACGAGGGCGAAAAUCAAAAUGAGAAUGCGAGUGAGACACUUAAUAAAACAGGUGAAAAUAGCUGGUCGGAAUAUGAGAUUUCGAGGCUAAUAGAACUUAGAACCGGCAUGGAAUCAAGGAUUCGGCAAAGUGGGUCUCCGGAGGACGUUCUUUGGGAGGAUAUUGCAGCCAAAUUGGGUUGCUUCGGAUAUGAUAGAACUGCUUCAAUGUGCAGAGAAAAAUGGAAUACCAUCAACGAGUAUCUAAUCAGUAGAACGUCCAAAGACUGCAACAAGAAAAGAAAGGAGACUUCAAGAGGCUCUUGCUAUUUUCCGAUCCUCAAUGAUUCUGUAUACAAUCAAGGAGGGGUCUCGGCCUACUGCGACGAAACGGCGAGGCUUGAGCAGGACGACAGCUCUUCGCCGGUUAAUUCCAAUGCUGUACAGGAUAGCUGCUUUCGCUUCCUAAUGACCGAUGGAGACAACUUGUGGGAGAAUUAUGGGAUGAAGCUCAACAAAGGAGAAAGCCAUUGAGUCAGAUUAAACACACAGCAGUAGUUUGUUUCCUCGUUCUCAUUUGAUAUUUUGAUGAGGGGGAUUAGCCAUGUAAAGGUUGAGAUUUAGGUUGAGAUUUGGAGCACGUUGACUUGCAGAGAGACAGGCCAAUUAAUGCUUAAUUCUCUCGGGAGAUGCGACUUACUGCGUGUGAAGAAGAGGCUGACUGAGGAUUCUUACACAACGAAUGAUGUUUAAUGGGCCUUGGAGAUAUGAUGAACAUUUCGGAUAAAAAAUAAUGGGUUAUUUUCAUUUCGUGCCUUCGGUGACCUGAUAGGUACAGUUGGUAGCAAUGUUAGCUACCAAAUAAUUUCAUGUUGGCUUUCCUCUGUAAGUUUCUGAUCGAAGUUUUCCUUCGGUGAUAAGGUCCUCUUUAAUCGAGCAUUUGGUGUUUUCGUGGCGUA